AUGGAGCAUGCUCAGUCCACGCCCAAUUUGGAGUUGUCGAAUUUCAAGAUGGCGUGAUGUUGGUGCCCUUCUGUGGAGCCACUUCGUGUACAACUCUCAUGUUGGCUCGCCAAGGGUCGCCUGUGGCUGCAGAUUGCGUUUGUUCGAUAGUUGAAAGGCUGAAUUCCUUCCUGUAGGUUUUCGUGCGUCGCUGCUUUUUGUGGUGUCAUCAAAAAAGCCAGCUGGGUCAGAGUGCACUCAACCAGAGCGGAGCUCCCCGCUGCUACUUGGAUAUUCGCGAAACGACGCCGGGACAUCGACUGGUCUGAAAUUCUCCGAAAAUCUUGCCAAGACAGCGGCUUUCUCGGCCAGACUGGAUUACUCGCGCCGGAAGAAGGGUUGAUUGUUUGUUUGUUUUUUGCUGAGACGCGGAAAAAACACCACCCCUCCCCAAGAUGGCGGACGACGAAGUUUUGUUCGAAGACGUGUACGAACUGUGUGAGAUCAUCGGAAGGGGACCGUUCAGUGUUGUACGACGAUGCAUCCAUCGAGAGAGCGGACAGCAGUUUGCUGUGAAAAUCGUGGAUGUGGCAAAGUUUACCUCCAGUCCUGGCCUCAGCACAGAAGACUUGAAGAGGGAAGCCAGUAUCUGCCACAUGCUGAAACACCCCCACAUCGUGGAGUUACUGGAGACGUACAGCUCAGAUGGCAUGCUCUACAUGGUGUUCGAGUUCAUGGACGGUGCCGACCUGUGCUUCGAGAUCGUGAAGAGGGCGAGCGCUGGUUUUGUCUACAGUGAAGCCGUCUCAAGCCAUUACAUGCGACAGAUCCUGGAGGCCCUCAGGUACUGCCAUGACAACAACAUAGUUCACAGGGACAUGAAGCCACACUGUGUCCUCCUAGCUACCAAAGAGAACUCUGCACCGUUAAAAAUAGGGGGCUUCGGAGUCGCCACAAAUGUCCCAGACAACGCUUUCGUAUCUGGAGGUCGCGUAGGAACGCCGCACUUCAUGGCUCCAGAGAUCGUGCGGAGAGACCCGUACGGGAAGCCGGUGGACGUGUGGAGCGUCGGCGUGAUGCUGUACAUCCUGCUGAGCGGAAACCUGCCCUUCAACGGCACCAAGGACAGGCUCUUUGAUGCCAUUGUCAAGGGCAGAUAUCAUAUGAACCCCCGUCAGUGGGACCAUGUGUCUGAGCAGGCAAAGGACCUGGUGACCAGGAUGCUGGAGCUGGACCAGAACGAGAGGAUCACGGUGCACGAGACACUGCAGCAUCCAUGGAUCAAGGACCGUGAGAGGUAUGCCCCCAAGAUCCACCUGCACGAGACUGUGGCUAGCAUGACCAAGUUUAACGCCAGGAGAAAGCUCAAGAGACAGCAGCAGGGCGCAGUAAUGUCAGCCGUAGCCAGUCACAAGUGGACAUCCUUCUAUAGUGAUCCCAAUGUCGCCGACUACUUCGAAGAGGAUCCAACGUCUUCAGUCUGCUCAAGUGCGGUUGCCCAGGUGCUGGACAGCCUGGAGGAGAUCCACGCGCUCACGGACGGGAACGAGAAGGACAUGGAGUUCCUGCACAGCGUCUUCCAGGACACCAACCUGCACGCGCUGCUCGAGCUGUAUGACAAGAUCAACAGUAAGGCGUCCCAGACAGUGAAGAACCCUCCUUCCAACGCACUCCAGCGGGCCAGAGAGGUGCUAGAUUCCCUGAAGGACUGUGCCAACGACAAUGAGGAUGCGAGAGAACUGGAGUCCAUUCUUAUCAAACCACACUUCAUGGCCCUACUACAGAGCCAUGACGUGGUCGCCCACGAGGUGUACAGUGACGAGGCGAUCCGCGUCACGCCGCCCCCGACGUCGUCCUACCUGAACGGGGACGACGAUCCAGAGAGUCCGAACGGGGACCUCGACAUGGACAACGUGACGCGCGUACGCCUGGUCCAGUUCCAGAAGAACACCGAGGAGCCCAUGUACGAUUUGGAGAACGUCACUCGCGUCCGCCUCAUACAGUUCCAGAAAAACACAGACGAACCAAUGGGCAUCACGCUGAAGAUGAAUGAGGAGGGGCGGUGUGUGGUGGCCAGGAUCCUGCACGGGGGCAUGAUACACAGACAAGCAACCCUGCAUGUUGGAGAUGAGAUUCGAGAAAUCAACGGUGUGAGCGUCGCCAAUCAGACUAUAGAAGCUCUACAGAAGAUGCUGAGAGACGCGCGGGGUAGCGUCACGUUAAAGAUUGUUCCUAGCUAUAGGCCGCCGCCUCCAAACAUUGAGAAGGAUGCCCGUGGUAGCGUCACGUUCAAGAUUGUGCCUAGCUAUAGGUCUACUUCUCCAGUGUGUGAGAUCUACGUCCGCGCACAGUUUGAGUACGACCCGCUGGAAGACGAGAUCAUCCCGUGUCGACAGGCCGGGAUCAUGUUCAAGGUCGGGGACAUCCUGCAGAUCAUCAGCAAGGACGACCACAACUGGUGGCAGGCGCGGAAAGUCGACACUCCGAUUAACGGCGAGGCCGGGCUGGUGCCCUCACCGGAGCUGCAGGAAUGGAGGGUGGCCUGUCUGGCCAUGGAGAAAGCUAAGAAGGAGUCCCAGGCCUCGUGCACAUGGUUCGGCAAGGUCAGGAAGAAACAGUACAAGGACAAAUACCUGGCUAAACACAACGCUGUUGACAAAUCUGAGCUCGCUAAGUUUUUUGACCAACUAGACCUGGUGACCUAUGAAGAAGUGGUUCGGCUGCCCGCCUUCAUGCGAAAGACUCUGGUGCUCCUGGGUGCUCACGGUGUGGGCAGGAGACACAUCAAGAACACCCUGAUCACAACCCACCCAGACAAGUUCGCUUACCCCAUUCCACACACGACCAGACAAAGACCCUCUUUUGCCUCCACAGACACAACACGGACCCCUCGCAAGGAAGAAGAGGACGGCAAGAACUACUACUUUGUGUCACACGAUCAGAUGAUGGCAGACAUCGCUAACAAUGAGUACCUAGAGUACGGUACUCACGAGGACGCCAUGUACGGCACCAAACUGGACACUAUCAGGAAAAUCCACGAGGAGGGGCUCAUUGCUAUCUUAGAUGUGGAGCCACAGGCCCUGAAGGUGCUGAGAUCGGCAGAGUUUGCCCCGUUUGUGGUGUUCAUCGCGGCGCCGAGUAUCGCCUCCAUGAACGAGGUGCAGAAGAAAGCCAUGAACGCAAACUGUCUGUACGAAGAGGACCGUCUGUCCAAAAAAGACAACAGUUUGGAGCGACUGGCGCGGGAGUCUGACAUGCUGAGACAAGCGUACGGGCACUACUUCGACCUGACCAUCGUAAACAACGACAUCGAAGAAACGAUACGGAUUCUGGAGAACGCGAUCGAGGAGGUCUGCACAACACCACAGUGGGUGCCUGUCAGCUGGGUCUACUGAGGACCCCACAAGGGCUGCCCAAAGAUCUGAGACAAUAGUGCCUGAUGGUCAGCUUUACCUGUAGUUGACAGUAUUGCAACUGCCAGUGAAGACAUACAUACAUACAUGUGUAGGUAGUAACAAAAAAUUCCAUAUGUGUGUAUAUGGAAAUUCCAUACAUGUUAAUCAUGGAAGUGGGGGAGGGUGAAAAAAAUUAAACAGUGGAGGAUCGGGAAUAGGUAAGGAAAAACAAGCAAAUACUGAAUUAUCAUGCAAAACAUACUGUAACUAACAGGGUAGGAUUGAGUGAUGAUAUCGUACUAGGUUUUCGUUUCCAUCAGUAUUCAGUACUGAUUAUAUAGGAGCAGGAAAAAUUCUUUCGUAAUGGUUUUUUGCAAAUUGGUCAGGAAAUGUCGGGAGGAGUGUCAUGUGACCACCAUCAGCCAAUGGCAGAUUAAGAACUGAACCGCCGUUGAGCUACAUGCAAUAUGACAGUCUGAGAUGUCCGGAUAUUUCCCGUCAUAUUUCUUAUAUAAGUACGGAAGUCGACUUCUAGGAAAUCAAAAAAAUCUUUUGUAUGGAUGAUUCAGAACACCUUAUGCAACGAUUGUAUACCUUUUGUACUAAAUAGCAGCAUAGGUCGAGAUGCACACGUAACACGUGCUCCCAAAAAAUAGUAGGUGUAAAAUGCAUAGCAGCAUCAUGCAUGUAAAAUUGCUAAACAGUGUGUUCUGGCUUGUUCUACUCUGAAUGUGUCUGGUCUCUGAUUGUGCAGAGAUUUAGUACAGAGAAGUAGCAUUGGUAGUAGAUCGUUGUGGCAAGACUUUGGGAAUAAUGGCUAGGACACCGUACAAUUAUAGUAGGCAGCCUGCAAAUAUGACAAUCUUGCCACAGACUUACCACAACAUUGUGUAAGGUUUUUGAUUUGGGGGUUUUGAUUUGCUUAUGAUAUCACAUUUAUAUCUCGGGAUGUAUUUAUGCCAUCAAGUGAGAAUUCAAAGACAAAAAUUGAUUUCUAUUCUAACAUUCCACAGAAUCAAAUAUGUAUCCAUUGUAGAAAGAGUUGAUUUUAUUGGAUAUUGUCAGAUAUGUUUUAAUUAUUAUGUAGGUGUGGAGUCGAAAGUUAAUAUCCAGCUUUUUUUGUUGUACUUGGGGUUGAAUUAUUGUGGUAUCAUUUUAUGUUUGAAAGAAACAACAAGAAAAAAAGGUCUACAGUAAGAAUAUAUUUGAUUGUAACCCAUUCAUGUGUUCAUCUUGUAACCUAUCAACAUAAUUCAUAGGGAAAACCUACAAUUAUUAUACAUACACCAAAAAUGUAUUUGGCUGAUCUGGGCAUGCCCAUAUUAGGACUUACUGGGCUGUUGUAUUAUAUCCAUAUUUGGACGUACAGUCCUGUCACCUAAUGCCCAUAUUUGGAAUCAUAGUCUGACAACUGACCAAUCAGAAUGGCUGUUGUAUUAUAUCCAUAUUUGGACGUACUGUCCUGUCACCCAAUGCCCAUAUUUGGAAUCAUAGUCUCACAACUGUCCAAUCAGAAUGGCCGUUGUAUUAUAUCCAUAUUUGGACAUACAGUCCUGUCACCUGAUGCCCAUAUUUGGAAUCAUAGUCUGACAACUGACCAAUCAGAACUCCUGUGGUAUAUAACUGUAAUCAAUAUGGCCAGUGACAAGCUUCAUUACAUUGUAGUAACACAUACAUCUGUACCAGCUAUGUCAUAAGAAGAGAAUGUAUCAACUA